CCUCCUCCUCUCCUGGAGGAUUAACUUCAGGGCAAAAGCAGCACCGGCAGCAGAAACGAGCCGGAGGAGGACGAGGAACAGCUAAUGGAUCUUUACGGAGCUUUAUGGAUCUGAAGAGGACGGAGAACUCUUGGUCCUCCUCCUCUUCCUCUUCCUCCUCCGACCUGAGCCUUCCUUCACGUCUACGACCAACCCUGACCCUGAUUUAGCCGUUUAAACGCCUAGAAACCUCACAGAAACACCAGCGUAUCGUCAGCAUGGAGCCAGCCAGAGAGGAGGAGGAGGAGGAUCUGUCGGAGGCCGAAGAGCUGGUUGCCCUGAGGGAGGAAGAGGAGGAUAAGGAGGGAGAGGAAGAGGAGGAAGAGGAGGAGGAGGACGAGGAAGGGGCCCGGAUCUUCAACGCCUGGAUGCUGAAGUACCGAGCCGGCGAGCAGCAGAAGAAGAACGAGGAGAGCGAAGAGGACGAGGAACGGGAGUCGAGGACGGGGAGGCCGGAGAGCCGGAUCAGCAUCGAACCGCCGGUACCGGCGGCGCCCACGCGGUUGGCCCGCCGGGCCUCGCUGCCCUGCCCGUCCACCCUGUCGGCGAUGCAGCUGUCCCGUCUCCACUCGUCCACGCAGGCUGCGGUGUCGGCGAGGGUUUUGCUGCGACGCACGUCGUCGCGGCGGCUCCUCCCGUCUCCGCAGGAGGCGGCGGUUCCUCCGCUGGAGCGGAGGUCAUCCCUCAUACCCACGAUCCCCGAGGCCGUGCCGCCCGAGAGACGGGCGCUGUUCCGGAGACGCAACGUCAUGUCGCUGAGCGAUGCCUACAGUGUGUGUCUGAUCUGUCACAACGACCUCCAUCAAGGAUCUGGCGGAACCAGAGAGUUGGAGUGUACACACACUUUCCACAAGGAGUGCAUCGAGGAGUGGUUGUGGAGGAAGCAGUCGUGUCCUACCUGUCACGUUCAGGUGUCGACACCUCAGCCGGUCGACUGGAGCUCCAGCCGGGUCAAAGUUCCCUGAGACGUCCAGGAACUAAACCCAACAAUCAAAGUUCCCUGAGACGUCUAGGAACAAUUCCCAACAAUCAAAGUUCCCUGAGACAUCUAGGAACAAUCCCCAACAAUGAAAGUUCCCUGAGACGUCUAGGAACAAUCCCCAACAAUCAAAGUUCCCUGAGACGUCUAGGAACAAUCCCCAACAAUGAAAGUUCCCUGAGAUGUCUAGGAACAAUCCCCAACAAUCAAAGUUCCCUGAUACAUCUACGAACAAUCCGCAACAAUCAAGUUUCCCUGAGACGUCUAGGAACAAUCCCCAACAAUCAAAGUUCCCUGAGACGUCUGGGAACAAUCCCCAACAAUCAAAGUUCCCUGAGACGUCUAAGAACAAUCCCCAACAAUCAAAGUUCCCUGAGACGUCUGGGAACAAUCCCCAACAAUCAAAGUUCCCUGAUACGUCUAGGAACAAUCCCCAACAAUCAAAGUUCACUGAUACGUCUAGGAACAAUCCCCAACAAUCAAAGUUCCCUGAGACGUCUAGGAACAAUCCCCAACAAUCAAAGUUCCCUGAGACGUCUGGGAACAAUCCUCGACAAUCAAAGUUCCCUGAGACGUCUGGGAACAAUCCCUGACAAUCAAAGUUCCCUGAUACGUCUAGGAACAAUUCCUAACAAUCAAAGUUCCCUGAGACAUCUAGGAACAAUCCCCAACAAUCAAAAUUCCCUGAUACGUCUAGGAACAAUCCCCAACAAUCAAAGUUCCCUGAGACGUCUAGGAACAAUCCCCAACAAUCAAAGUUCCCUUAAACGUCUAGGAACAAUUCCUAACAAUCAAAGUUCCCUGAGACAUCUAGGAACAAUCCCCAACAAUCAAAGUUCCCUGAGACGUCUAGGAACAAUCCCCAACAAUCAAAGUUCCCUGAGACGUCCAGGAACAAUCCCCAACAAUCAAAGUUCCCUGAGACGUCUGGGAACAAUCCCCAACAAUCAAAGUUCCCUGAGACGUCUGGGAACUAAUCCCAACAUGUAAAUAUAACAUAUUUAAAUCUGUGAUAUUAACAAUUUAAAAUGAAGUUUGUUGCUUUACAUGAAUACAUCUAGUUUUGAACUUAAUCUCCAUUUGUUCAAAACACAAGACAUUGUGCAUUUUUUCCUGAACCAGCAGUAUUUCUGUAAUCCCAGUAAUCUUUUCAUUUACACACAAACAACAUAUUUACUUUUCCUUUAACAGUUUUAAUCUAUUGGGCAGAUUGACCAACGUUUAGAUGAAACAUGCUUUAUUUGUUUAAGUAGAAACCACAGGAAAAAAUAUCUGGCUUGAUCUGCUUUCAAAAAAUUAAGGCGACUUUUUCGCACAAGAUUUUUAUGUAGAUCAAGAAAGACUAGUCUUUGUAUAAACUACUUAAUUUUUAGUAUGUACAAAAUUCAUUUGCAAGUAAAGUGAACUUAAUUUUUGCAAGUAAAGUCAACUUAAUUUUUUUUUCCUUUUUUUUCUUUUGUUUUUUUCCCUUUUUUCUUUUUUCCUUUUUUUUCUUCUUUUUUUUUUCUUUUUAAAGUCAAAUUAAUUUUGAUAAAUAAAGUAAACUUAACACAAUUAAGUUGACUGUACUUGCAAAAUGUAUUAUUUACAUACAUACUUACUACAACCUCAAUAUUCUCGGUGCACAUGUUAUUCUGUGGCCUUUAGUUAGAGUUUUUAUUACCUCAUCAGGUAAAAGUACAGAAACCACUUAUCUAUGAUUGGGGGCUUUUGAUUGGUCUGUUGAUUGUUUAGUGUAUUGUGUGAUGUUUCUUGUUAGGUUUCCUCAUCCGUCCAUCAUGUCCUACUUAGCGCUUCUCCCUGUUUUCAUGUCUGAGCUGAAUAAAGACCAAACUCUCCCCA